AUGGAGAAUCAACAUGAUAAGAACCCGGUUGCGCACAGCUCGCCAUCUCUAGGAACACCAGGAGCGAACCCGCCGGCGCCAGCCUUGAACCCAGCGCAUCAGCACCACGAUGCCCAUCAUGUCCAUCAAGUUAUGAAUGAUGAGAAGCCUAUCGAAGAUGGAGCCGCCGCUGAAAGAGGAACUUCCAAUACCAGUGGCAGAAUAACGAGCUCGACCGAAAAGCCCGUCGUCGAAACCACGGGGGACGUUGAAAGUGCACAAACUUCCUCAGAGGGCGGCAGGCGUACAAUAUGGUCGCGAUACAAGAAAGAGAUUCGUCUUGCGGUAAAUUUAGGAAUUUGGCUAAUUUUCACAGGCUGGUGGAUUGCUGGUCUAAUCCUUCGUCGCAAAGAACUCGGAUGGGUUGUCCCAUUCCUUGUCUAUCUCGGCGUCACUCUCAGGGUCAUUUUCAACUAUGUACCCAUCUCCAUAGUGACCAAACCAAUAUACUGGGUAUGGUCCCAUACCGCUCAACCUGUCGCCAACAUGAUCCCUCAGAAGAUGCAAACACCUCUGGCUGCUGCUUUUGUCGUAUGCGUGAUCAUUAUCGGUGCAUUUGUGUCUGAGGAGUCCCAGGAUAACACUCGUGAAAAUCGAGCAGUUAGCUUAUUUGGGCUUGCCCUACUCCUCUUCUGCCUAUGGAUUACGUCCAAGAACAGAAAAAAAAUCGUAUGGCGGACAGUUAUUGUUGGAAUGCUCGUGCAAUUCGUCAUUGCUAUCUUUGUUCUCCGAACUACGGUCGGAUAUGAUAUCUUCCACUUCAUCUCUCAACGCGCGACAGAUCUACUGGGAUUCGCGUCACUUGGUACCCAAUUUCUUACCACCCCGGAUGCUGCGAAAAUAAAAUGGUUUUUGGCCAAUGUGGUGCCCGCCAUUAUUUUCUUCGUGUCCCUGGUUCAGCUGCUCUACUACGUUGGUUUCAUACAGUGGUUCGUUGUCAAAUUCGCGUCAUUCUUCUUCUGGGCUAUGCGUGUUUCUGGGGCAGAAGCUGUUGUUGCCGCAGCAUCACCAUUCAUCGGCCAAGGAGAAUCGAUCAUGCUUAUCCGACCAUUUAUUAACUACCUCACCAUGGCCGAAAUUCAUCAAGUCAUGUGCUCUGGUUUCGCAACAAUUGCUGGAAGUGUAUUGAUUGCUUAUGUCGGAAUAGGAGUUAAUCCUCAGGCUUUGAUCUCGUCUUGUGUUAUGAGUAUUCCUGCAUCUUUGGCAGUUUCGAAAAUGAGAUAUCCCGAAACUGAAGAAACUCUCACUGCUGGCCGGGUGGUUGUCCCAGAAGAUGACGAACACAAAGCGAAAAACGCACUUCACGCAUUUGCAACCGGCGCCUGGCUGGGUCUCAAGAUCGGCAGUAUGAUAGCUGCCACUCUCUUGUGCAUCAUUUCUUUAAUCGGUCUUAUCAACGGCCUUCUUACCUGGUGGGGUCGCUAUUUGACAAUCGAAGGGCCAGACCUUACCCUGGAGCUUAUCCUGGGUUACCUCUGUUACCCAAUUGCCUUCCUUUUAGGUGUCCCGCGAACCGGCGAUCUUUACAAAGUUGCCCAGCUUAUCGGCCUCAAGCUUAUCGCGAACGAAUUUGUGGCCUAUACUGCCCUUCAGCAAGAUCCUAAUUACGCCGAUCUCUCGCCUCGCUCUCGACUAAUCGCUACAUAUGCUCUUUGUGGGUUUGCGAACAUCGGAUCCCUUGGCAAUCAGAUAGGUGUCUUGGCCCAAUUGGCUCCUAGCCGUAUUGGAGACGUGUCACAGGUUGCACUGAGUGCCAUGUUGACAGGAGCAUUGAGCACAUUCACCAGUGCCAGCAUCGCUGGACUCCUAGUUACCGACCAACAGCAGUUCUUUAAACCAAAGGACAUGGCCAUGGGAAUGAACUCGACCAUGGCAAUAUGA